AGUUUUCCUCUACAUGGAAGCUUAAUACUUAUAGUAAAAUUGUCUUUGUAUUGUUUUGUGCUUUGCUUCUGCUACGAUUUAGUGUACUUGUUCUUAUCUUCUCUCUUUUUACGCUUCUUUUCAUCUUCUUGAAACCUUGAAUUUCUGGGGAUCGUAAUAGAAUUCUCAUUGUAAAUUGUGUUUCUUGCUUUGUGUUUAUUAUUUUUUUAUUUGUUUGUUUGGGUAGAGUGUUCAGCUCUGAGAAUUAUUUGUUUGAUAUGACCAUAAAUGCGCUUACUGGGUACUGAUAUAUAUUUUUUUUUUGUAAGUUUUAGUUUUUAUGGUUACGCGAUUGUCUUCGUGGUUCAUUUCGGGUCCAAAAAUGGAUCUGGGUUUGUUUUGUUUUGUUUUGUUUCGUUUCGUUUUAGUUUGUGACUGCUCUCUAUUAUUGCGUUUGUUUUUUCUGAAUAUUGCUUAUUUACUAGGAAUUUAUAUGCUGAUUUGUCUUGAGUAAUAUCUGUUAACUGUUAAUAUAUAGCGAAGUUUGAUUUCACAUUUUAAGUUUCUUUGUGGUUUUUAUUAUUUUUAUGUCCUGUCUUUUGAAUUAUUACUGUUUAAUAUUCUGAAUUUUGAUCAAUAGUAAAAAAAAAAAAAAUUGUGUAUGUUUCAUGGAGGGUUGGAACUGGGAAAUUUCGUUAUCUGGUGAGUAUUUCGAAUAUUUUGGAAGUAAGAAGAAAUACACUGUUCUGAUAGCUCAUAAGCUUCUGGACCUUGCCAAUUGCCAUUCCUUUUUAUUUAUUUAUUUAUAUUAUUAUCUGUAUAAAUUUGUAGUCUUGUUUAGAUAUCUCAUGGAAGUAUGAGAAUACUAUUAUUCUUGCUAACUUAUCACUACAGAAACAUUAACAACAUGAGACUUUUAGAUUCAAAGAUGGAUGGAAUGCAAGAAAAUAAUUGUGCGGCUGUUCUUGGCGAUACAUUCACUGAGAAUUUACUUUCUCCAGAAUCUACUGAUGUAUGUGAUGAAUAUAGGGAUCUAGAAUUGCUUCCUCGAGUUGGAGGUGAGUAUCAGGUCGAUAUUCCAUCUCUAGUAGCAGAAUCUGACUGCCUCUUGGACACCAAAAAUCCAGCUCACAUUCCCCAUACAUUGCUUAUGGGACUACCAAUACCAGUAACUUGGAUCAAUGAAGAAGUUGGAAGCCAUAAACAUGAACCAUCGGAAGCUAAUAGUCAUUCAGUUGAUACCUCAGGAUGUGCUAAAAGGACCCAAAAUGUUACUGGAAGGCGCAAUUUGAAACCAAAAGUUGCGCCUAAGGAUAUAGUAUUGGACAUAGGGACUGAAACAGAUCAGAAGCGUGGUGGCAAAGGCUACUGUUUGGUUCCUGGUUCAACACAUGACUCAUGGAGCGAUAUUGAUAAAGCCAGUUUUGUCCUUGGUUUAUAUAUCUUUGGAAAGAAUCUUGUUCAGGUAAAGAAAUUUGUCGGGAGUAAAGGGAUGGGGGAAAUUCUUUCAUUCUACUAUGGAAUAUUUUAUGGGUCUGAGAAAUACCGUAAGUGGUCAGAAUGCCGGAAAAUAAAAAGCAAAAGAAGUGUAUACGGACAAAGAAUUUUUACAGGAAUGAGACAACAGGAAUUGUUAUCUCGUUUACAACCCCAUGUGUCAGAGGAAAGCCCAAAUACACUAUUGGAGGAUUCCAAGGCACUUGGGGAGGGAAAAAUUUCUUUGGAAGAAUAUGUUUUCGCUUUAAGGGCUAAAGUUGGGUUGACUGCUCUUGUGGAGGCAGUUGGAAUUGGUAAAGGGAAGCAAGAUCUCACAAGCAUGGCCAUGGAGCCUUUGAAGUCUAAUCAAGUUGCUGCUGGCCGUCCAGAGAUACCUAUUGGCAAAGCAUGGUCCAAGCUUACAUCUGUGGAGAUUAUCGAUUUUCUAACAGGAGGUCACAGGUUAAGCAAAGCACGGUCAAGUGAUCUCUUUUGGGAAGCUGUUUGGCCUCGUUUACUAGCAAGAGGUUGGCACUCUGAGGAGCCAAAUAAUCAUGGUUGUGCUGCAGGGCCCAAGAAUCCACUGGUCUUUCUUGUACCUGGUGUCAAGAAGUUUUCAAGAAGGAAAUUAGUGAAGGGAAACCACUAUUUUGAUUCUGUCAGUGAUGUCCUGAGUAAAGUUGCUGGUGAACCUGGUCUUCUUGAGCUUGAGCUUGGAGCUGAUAAGGGAGAUAUUAGCAAGGAAGAAAAUGGAUGGGCCAAUAAAACUGAAGUGAACAAAGCAGACUCUGCUGAUCAGCAGCGGCACUGUUAUCUCAGGCCCCGUACUCCAAAUCGUAUGGAUGCCAUGAAGUUUACAGUUGUGGACACAAGUCUUGCUAACAGGGGAACAAUGAAGGUUAGAGAAUUGAGAAGCUUGCCAAUUGAAAUGAGGAGUGCUCCCAACGCCAGAAGUCAUUCUCAAGAUAGUGACACAGAAACUUCUGAGUCAACAGAUGAAUCUGAUUCUUCUGGUACCAUGUGUUCUGAUAGGGAAGAGCAAAAUGGUUUGAAACCAACAAAGAUGGACAUUGAUGGGUCUUUUGACAGGUUGGUCAGGAAUUCUUCAAAUGGGGCUGAUUUUGAUAUGGAUGUACCUUCUGAAAAGAUCCCAAGGAAUGCUACAAAUGGGCCCUUGUCAGCAGGUGGCCCUGAUUUGACUAAUGCGCCUGUUGUAAAAUUGUCAGACCAGAAAAGCAGUAUGUGCAAUGACAUACAAGCAAGAGAUGGAAUAAAAGUCGAACUGAGCCAGAGAACAAAACCUAGCAAUAAUGUUCAUCUAGCCCCUGUUACAAAAAAACGUCGGAGAUUAAAUGCUUGUAAUCGCAAAGAGACAACCAGUGGCACAAUGAAUGAAUUGGCGGGUUCGAUGGUAAAACAAGAUGAGACCAGAUGCUGUGCUGGCUAUGCUGAUUCCGGUGAGAGUGUUACCUCUGAAGUUGAUUCAUCAAUUAAGAUGUUACCAUCCACCAGCUCUCUGUCUAAGGCCAGCUUAGUUGUAAGUAGUGAAGGCACUCUCAGUAAUACAAUUUCUGGCAUUGAACAUUCUAGUGAAGAACCUUUACCUCGAAGGGUGAUUGACCUAAACUUGCCCAUGCUUCCAGAUGGUGAAACUGAUCAAUUUUUUAUGAAGGAAGAGACAGAAGGACAACCAGAUCAGACAAGCUGGCAACCAGAUGAUUCCGGUGCACAUUUGCAUACUUUGGAACAGCAACCUAACAUGAUCAAUCGGAGACAGAGUACAAGAAACCGUCCACUGACCACUAAAGCACUUGAAGCUCUUGCUUUUGGAUUUUUGAACACUAAACAGAAGCGGAGGUUCGGAGAUGCUUUCCCAUGAGAAAACCCCUUACCUUCUUGUAAUGCCCGUGGUAGGGGGAGAGUUAAUGAGAAUCUUGGCAGUGCUGUUGCUGAUUUGCAUGACUAUGAGAGGGGAGAUGAUCUGUGUAGUGAUAAUGACAAUAUUUUCGCUUCAAAGUAAAAAUUGAGGGAAGAUGGAUCAAAUCUUGGAUUAAAACUUGAUUGAGUGCUCUGAUUAUAGUAUAAGCAUGUAACUUCCAGCAAGUUUUCAUAUGAUAUAGAAGAUUGUCAUCCCCAUUGGCUACUCUGUGAUUUGCCAAGAGCACAAGAAGGUUUAUGCUCUCAACCCUAAGAAACCUGUAUUAGAGAUUUCAUGAAAUCAGAUUGUCCAUGAGACCAUUGGCAUCAUGCAAACAUUCUGGGAAGUAUCAAGACUGAGGAGACAGCGGUAGUUAUUCGUGCAGUUGCUGGAAUUCGAAUUUGAGUGGGAUAAGUUUCAAGACCAGUUGAUUACAUUAUGAUCACGUUUCUCUUCCCAUUGUAGAAUUUAUUUGAGUUCAUUAUAUUCCAACACAGAAUCCACAUUGAUACUAGAGGUUGCUUUAUUUGAUAUGUUUGUUUUCAUUUAAAAUCACCACCCCUUAAUGAAGUGAAAUUUAUGGUCUA